UACAACUGGCAUCAGUCACCUUUGGUAACAGCAAAAUCAACAACUUCAAGAUGAAAUUCUUCGUGUGCUUCGCCCUCAUCGCCAUUGUUGGCUCCGCUUUGGCCAAUCCCUCCGGCUCUAUAAGCAACCAGGAAUCCGAGUCUGAUAACCAGGGCUAUGGUGACCUGACCCGUCUACGCAAGUCUGCUUACGGCGGUGGCAGCUCCGGCGGCGCAGCCAGUGUGCCAGCUCCUCCCUGCCCCAAGAACUAUCUGUUCAGCUGCCAGCCCAACCUGGCGCCAGUGCCAUGCAGCGCUCCAUCUCAGGGCUACGGCUCAGCCGGCGCCUACUCCUCGCCCGUGGCCAGCUACCUUGCCCCCACCUACGGCGUGCCUCAGCAUCAGCAGAACCUCUACGGCGCUGCCUACUUGCCCCAGGCUUACGGCUACGGCUACUAGAAGA